UUGAGGCUCCAUCAGAUGAAACUAAGCCGUGCAGCCAUGUUGGUUUUAGUGAAGAGGCUUCUUUGACCUUUGACCUGCCUGUAGAGCCUGAAACACACCUGUUCUCCAGGUGGUCCCACUGAUGAGGAUCAGUUCCUCAGCAGCUCCUGAUCCUGGACCUCUGAGGUCCUGAAAGCAGCAGGGUUCAGUUUUUACUGUUUGCUGGUUGAACUGUGAUAAAAUCAGAUUUUUUGCUGAUUCAGACUUUAGAUGUAAAGAUAGUUUGUUAUAAACACACUGUGAAGAGACAGCUGGGAGGUCCAGGUCCAGGUCCGGGUCCAGGUCCAGGUCCUGGACUUCAUCUGGGUCCAGCUUUAACCAGAUUCUUUCUUUGAGUUUCUUUUAAGACUAAAUCAAGUUUCUGCCCAACAAGUCCUUAUUCUGCUGAUCUGAGAUGUUUUCAGAUCUACAAACAUCCUGUGAGCAGAAACCUCAACCCAGCCAGCACCUCCUCCCUCCUUCCUCUGCAGUGUGGCCCCUCCUCCUCCUCCUCCUCCUCCUCAGAUGAAGAGGCGCUCUGCCGUCGAGGCGUCAGUGUUAGAGCGAACAGAGAACAGGUGAGUUUCUCUGCAGCUGGAUGGAGAGCUGCUGAAAACAUGCUGUUUGGAUGGAGAAUCAGUGUUGUGCUGCUGCUGGCAGCUGGAGGCGGAGCUCAGAGCGGGGACGGAGACGCUGAGCCAGAGGUUCGACUCAGCUGCACCUCUGACAUCAGCACUAAAAACAACAGUUUGACCUGUCAGCUGAUCCGAGACAGCAUCACAGAGGACGAUGAAGAUGGAGAAGGAGAUGGCAUAGAGAAGAUGACCAUGUGCCAAUUACAGCUGACCGAUACAACCAAAGCAGUAAAAUGUUGGGAGACUUUCACUGACACAUUAACUUCCAAAGAUCUGCGUGUUCUGCUUGAUGUGAAUGUGACUGCCCAGCUGAAGAGAGGAGGACAGGUUUCAACAACCGUCAACCUGCAGAAGAUUAUUAAGCCCAGGAGUCCUUGGGUCUUUAACACCACCUCAGUACUAGAAUCCAACCAGACAAGGAUUUUUAUAAAGAUUCCUUACAACGAAGACUUUCUGAAGGUGGACAAUCAGGUGUUCCAGCUGCACAUCUGGAGCGAUGGAAUCAACACAAUUCAGAACAUCCGGUCAAAGAACUAUAUCGACAUUGAUAAGCAGCGCCUCAAAGAAGGCUCAGAGUACCACGUGAAAGUCCGAGCCAUCCCUGCUGGGGUCCAACUGCAGGGAACCUGGAGCGAAUGGAGCGAGACAUUCAGCUUCUUCACUCCUCCUGGAGAAAAAGCUCCAAACAAGAUGAAUGCGUGGCAGGCGAUCAUGUUCAGACUCGUUGUGAUUUUCAUCUGCCUUCUGCUCGUCAUCGCCAUCAUCAUCUUCUUCUAUAAAAACAAAAUAUUCACCUACAUGUGGCCGAGCAUCCCCCAUCCCAAACAGACCCUGGUGCACAUCUGGAAACCAAAUAAAGGUCUUUUGCUGAACUUGAACCCUGAGGUGUUCAGUUCUCUGAAAGUCUACCCACUGGAGAAAGCUGACUGUAAUAAAGCAGAAGCUUUUCUUCGUCCUGCUGCUCCUCAUGAUUCCCAGUCCAGCUCCAUCCAGAGCUCCGACUGCAGCACCAGUACCAGCACCAGCACCAGCACCACCAGCAACAGCACAGAGGAGCUGGAGAUCUCUGCCCUGCUGAGCAGGAGCUCCUCUGACGGAGAGGACAGCCUCCCGAGCAGCACCCUGACCRCCCUGAUUGUCCUGCAGCAGGAGGAUGGACCUCACACACCUCAGUCUGCAGGAGGCACAGGAAACCAGGUGGAGUUUGGGSUAAACCAGCAGGAAGAGGCCUACGUCACCAUGUCCAGUUUCUACCAGAUCAAAUGUUCUGAAAGUUUUCUGAGAAGAAUGAGGUCUGGCUCCAGGAAGGAAGAUUGUACAGAAAUACUGAACAGUUCCUGCUUUUCUACAUGACCUCACCUUCCUCACCUCAAGACUUUUCUUUUCCUUUAAAGUUUCUGCAAACAUCAGAGGACAAACCCAACCAUGUCUCCAGACUUUGUCCUCAGAUGGACUUCCAGCUGCUCUCUGACUGGAGACAGGCCAACCAGGAGAAAUGUUUCCUGACAGACGGCUGGUUUCACAUGGUCUACCUUAAAGAGUGAAAGAGUGUGUUGUUGUCUGACUGGACUCAUGUGAAGCAGAACCAGCCCACAGAACCUCUACAGGCCUAAUAUCUGGUUCCUUAUUGUCUGAAUGUUCCUGAAGAUCAGUAGAACCACCUUAGGUACCCCAGAGCCUCUAAAAUGAGACAACUGAAAACCAGAUCCUUGAGACCUUCUAAGACUAGAUUGACCCAACGUAUCAGAACUUUUUUUUUUCUACAGAACCAGGAGAACCCUGCACACUAGACCCUUCACAGGGUGAAGACCCCUCUGUACGUUUAUUAAAGUGGGGCUGGAUGGGGGUCAACUUGUAAAACCCUUUCAGAGUGAGGACCACCAUGACCCUACACCUAAACCCUGACCCAGAACCUUCAUGUGUAGCUCUCAGGUUCUGUCUGCAAAAUAUUGUUUUAACUCAAUUAUAAACUAAAACAAAGAAAAACCUCUGAGAUUUUUAAAAAUCUGCUCCAAUCUGAACACAUCUGAACCCGGACUUCUGRAGCACAUGCAUGCUGAGUCAUCUGUGGAGCAGGUCCAGAUGUGUUGUCAUGGUAACCUGUUUGUUGCAUAAAAACAGUGGAGCUGUUUUACAUCACGACUCGGUUCUGAACCCAAACCUGUUUCCCCGCACAUUGUUCCUCUCUGUACAAACUGAAGCUUAUCGUCUGAUUGCACAUUAUUUUUUAAGUGUUUAAUAAAUAAAUUCAUGUGAACA